AUAUAUUUUGUGUUCUACGAGAUUUGUAGAAUAGUAUGUUCAGCGUCAUUAGUUUUCGAUUUUACUUAAUCGUUUUUACGAUAUACUAUAUGCACAUUACAGUGGGGAGAACGAUUAGUUUGGUUACUAUCCAAGAAGGCCAAAAUUUUGACACGAUCACCUCUACGAGUCUUAUGCCCGUCACACCACCGUGUUUUGCGUGCACGACGCUAACAGCACAACCACCAAAUGCAAUUUGUUCUGAUAUGGCCGUUACAUUCAAAUACGCAUGUACAGAUGACACGUGCCAUACGACAAACCCGUGUACAACUCCAAAGCCCGACUGCAAGAGAAAUAAGCCUAAAAAACCGUGUUGUAUUAAACAUAUGGAAGAAGAGUACAGAAAACGAAAGCUCAAAACGUCAAAGAAAAACAAGAAAAAUAAAACCAUGAAAAAAUACGGUUUCAUAUUAUAAAUAUCUUUUUUUUAUUUAUAUAGGCACUUUAUAUUUACCUAUAUUCUCUUUAAUUGUAUAUUAAACCUAUUGAUAAUUAAUAAAAUAUUAAAUUUGUUAUGGAC